UAGAAUGGGGAUGUGGAGCCUGCUGUUCACCCUGUCCACUGCCCUGAGCUGUGUGACCAGCGCAGCAAUGUUGAUCCAUGUGUAUGGAUACGAAGGGGGACAAGUUGAUGUUUCCUGUCCAUAUGACACAGGAUAUGAAGAUUAUGAAAAGUACUUGUGCAAGAAUGACUGCCAAGACCAUGAUGUUCUUAUUACAACAACAAAUCCGAAGAAGAACAAAUAUUCCAUCCACGAUGACAGGAAUAAGCAAGUCUUCACCUCGACCAUCUCGGAUCUGAGUCUUACUGAUGUUGGGAAGUACUGGUGUGGGGUGACCAGGACUUUUACAGAUAUCUACACUGAAGUUAAGCUGGAAGUAGGAAAAGGCACCUGCUGUGACCAGUCCACCAAACUCCAAAGUUAUGAGGAAGGUUCAGUGUCCUUUAGUUGUCCGUAUGACUCUAUGCACCAGAACAGUCUGAAGUACAUCUGUAGAGGGAAUCAGACCCUCACAUGUCUGCAGCAGGCUUUAAUCACCUCAGUGACAGCCAACACACGUGGACAGUUUACACUGACUGAUGACAAAAAGUCAAACGAAUUCACAGUAACCAUUGCCAAUUUGACCUGGGCCGAUUCCGGGAGGUAUCUUUGUGGUGUGCAGCACACUGGCCUGGAUGUUUUCUCUGCUGUUGAUCUGGAAAUCAAAGAGUGGUGUUGUGUGACGUCAAAAGAACUGAACGGCAGUGUGGGAUAUCCAUUAGCUAUGGAAUGUCCUUAUCCACCACAACACAGGGAUAACAGGAAGUUCCUCUGUAAGGGAGACCACCGCCAGAACUGUACAGAUAUCAAACCAUCAAGUCAAAUCAGAUUCGCACAGCAAGAUAACGUCUCUGCCAGCUCUUUCUUUGUAAAGAUCACCAAACUGAGAGCAGGUGAUGCUGGGACUUACUGGUGUGGUUCAGACUCACAGUGGGGUCCUGGUAACUACACCAAGAUUCAUCUGUCAGUAGUCUUUCCACAGCCCACCAGCACUGUGAGCUCCACCACCACUAUGGAGGAAUCUGUCAGAACACCAUCAACACCGCUUUUCAAGGCUGUGGUUUUCAUUGUCCCUGCACUGGUGCUCAUACUGACAUUUGCCCUGGUCAUUUUGUAUAAAUACAAAUGUCACAAAGUGCAAGGAGCUGCAGUUAAUAUGAACAGAAACAAAACCAAGUUGGCAGCUGAAGAGGAUGUGAUUUAUGAAAACCAAAGUGUUGUGGUGUGUCCAAAGCAGAGGCCCUCUAAACCUCAGAGGACCACUGAACAAAAUAAAGAUGCAGUUGAUGAUUCUAUGUACCAAAACUUCUCCCCAGCAGAAGAUAUCUACUGUAACCAACGUUUUUAUCAAAGCCAGUGACCAGAUCUUGCAUUUUUAGGUCAGACUUGUAUCAAAAUCAUUCUGUUUGUUUUAUCUCACUUAACAGCUGACUAACACAUGUUCAUGUACCAUUGUGAUCCAAUCUGUUCAUUGUCCCACUGAAAACUAAUAUGAUAAUAUACACAGGUUUGCUUUUGCCUUUGCACUCAUUAUGGCUGCUUCAUUUAACAAACCAUUUAAAGCACCCGCACUCUGCAUAUGAAAUGUAGAGUAACAAUUUCAUCAACAUAACAUUGUGUACAUUUAGUAAAAGUGAAUAAAAACAAAAAUAAAAACAAUAUUGCCCCACUGUCAAUGACUUUUCCAGACAUCUGAUGAACAUCUGAUGAGCAGGAUAUGACAUAUUACAUAUGUCAUAUCCUGCAGUAUAAUCCCUUUCAUAUGUGGUUGAGUGUUAUAUAGGAUAGGAUAUUUCCAUAAAGUCAAACAAUAUCAGCUGCAUGUGUUACAGUGCAGUGAUGCACAAAUAAUGAAAACGUCACUGUUAAUAAGUAAGUAAGUAAGAGUACAAUUAGACAUGAAGAGGACAGCAGCAGCCACAAACCCACAUACUGCAUACUAACUGGGUCGGGGGUGAAAAUGUCAAAGGAAAUGAAGGAGGUGCUCAUUUGAGUCUGAAUGGACCACACAUAUUUUUUAUUAAUGAUACUAAUAUUAUUAUCCUAUAUAUGAUAUUGUGUAUGAAGCUCACUAUUGUGGGUUGAACUUGCUUUAUUCCCCAUCAGCUCAUUUGAUGAUUGGUCACCUGAUCCAGAGCUGCUGGCUGCUCCUCAGCUUGUGUGUGUGUGUAACCAGGCGACACCACACAAACACAAGCUCGGUGUGCUUCUGAGCUGUGAAACCCGUUCAUUCUCGGUGCUACACUUAAUUUAAGCUUUCAGUACCUUUUUUUCUUGUGCCUACAACUUAAAUGUAAAAAAAAAAAAAAUGAGCUCUGAGAUUUUA